CAAGCAUUUUGAAACUACAACAUUAGAUUUGCAAAGGCAAGGGAGAGAGUUUGAGAGUGUAGAAAGUUGCUCUGCAACCAAAGCAAAGUGCCUGCGAUAACAAUACAAAAGCUUUUGGUUCCCCACAGUCCUCCGUAGGCAUUUGUUAGGGUUUGUGGUUCGAUGUAUCAAGCUGAGAUGCAACUGCAACCGUGAAGAAAAUUUUUCAGCUAUUUAUAAGUGUUUUUUAACAGCCAACAGACCCCCCUUGCAUUGUUUUCCACUGGUGAUUCCGAUAGAGUUAAUACGCAUUUCAACGGGUGUGAGCUCGGUUGCAUUUUGUUUUUCUCGAUGCUAAAAACAGAUUUCAGUUUGCUGUGACAUGGUACAAACAGGAUUAAUUCCAGGAUUAUCGCUUAAGCAGUUUAAAACCGUGCUUCUGAGCCGCCCACCUUCCCAACCCACUAUUCCAAAGCCGCCCCACGUGUUGUAUUUCAUGAGUGGCAUUUUGAAUGAGAACACCAUCGGUUAUCAGUCACUGAUUUUGAAGUACUUAUAUAAGAGCAAACAAUUGUAAAAUCCCUACCAAAAAAUAAAUAAACCCAAACGAAAUGGAAGUAUCACGCGAAGAGUGGAUUGAUCGGGCUCAGGAAAGCAUGAAGAAAUUCCUGAAUCGCGGUGGUGCGUGUCGGGGCGAUGAGCCCCAACUGUUGCAGGGUACCAGUUUGCAAAACACGCUCGGCUAUGCACUUAGUCUUACCAUGCGGGACCCGAACGAGUGGACCGACGAGGAUCUGCAGCUGAAGUACAUGGAACAGCUGUGCUUCUACGAUGAGGAAUCACGUAAAACGAUCGAUCGGCUGGUGCAGCAAAUGUACAACGGCAUCCAUCCGAAUGUGACCUGCCGGCUGACGAUUCUACCGAUUGAGCUGUUUAUGGACGGAAAGUUGUACGAAGUUCCGCUCUUCCGGUAUCACUUUCAGCAAUCCACCGACACGGAGCCGAAGUUUAUCGACUCCAUCGGUCGGGUGUAUCAGAAUUUUGAGGAUUUUUUGAAAAAUAAUAAGUAUCCCUCGGCGGAAAUGAUGUACCCGAAGGAGGGCAAACUGGUGCCCACCAAUCUGAAGAAUGUGGUGUACGAUAUAGGAAAGACCCCUGCAUGGAAAAAUUAUUAUUUUAAGGCUUUAGAUAUUGCCACUGGAAUUAUAGGAAUUGCUGGUGCUACCGGAGCGAUUUUCCUGUCCGGCGGAAUGGCUAUUCCGUUCAUUGCGGCUAGUGUGGGUUCCGGUAUUUAUGCCACUGGUCGAUCGAUCGAUGUGCUACGGGACAAAAGUGCCCAUCAGGAAUCAUUGAAUCCGUUUUGUGACUCCGAAGCUCGGACGGCCUGGCUCAGCCUUACGGCGCAUGUCGUUACAUUCGGCACAAUGCCUCAUAUUUCCGCUCUUUCGGGAGUCGCUUCCACUAGUCACAGCAUUGCCACCGGGUUUAAGGUGUGCAAUUUUAUCAAUGAGACAGGAAACAUCAUCAGCGAUCUGGUGAUCUGCGACACGCUGUCGGCAAUGCAUUCCAACUACUACAACGCCAGCAUCGAAACGCGGCUCGCCCAUGCGGCCUCGAUUUGCUUCUGGACCAAAACGAACAUCAGCAUCCGACAGGCGGAGCUGAUGAUGAAGAACAACGCCAUCGUGGCGUUGAAGUUGUUCGGGUUCGAGGACCACUUUUGCGAGUACUUUAACAAUGAUUCCCGAGCGAUCGACAUCGGUUUGCGGAUAGUGAAGCAUUCGUUGCAGAACAAUGUACUCAUUGCUUCGGAUAAAAAGGAUACCAAAGUUAUCACGAUUGAUCGGAUUCGCUUUUGCAUUGAAACGCUCCUCAAGCUGGAACCGGAAGAGGUGGAGAAGUUGUUCGAGAUCCUGCAGGCUGUGACGAUCGAUGGUGAUCGAGAGUUGUUUAACGAAGUCCGGUUGCUGUGCGAGAGUGAUGUCGAUUUGGUUCGGUUGAUCGCAGCUGAAGCCGAGCGGGAGAAACUUCCUGGCACUGAAAUUGCCGACAUGUUACUUAAAGUGUACGCUGCGAUGAAAGCCCGGGAUCAAUUCAAAAUGAGCCUCAGCCUGGAGGACGGUGUUUGCAUUGGCAAUGGUUUACGGCUUGGCAUUAAACAAGCGUACAUUCUGUUUGCUUCGAAGGAGGACGAUCACCAUCAAGGGGCCGUUGCUGCGUUAAUUGAUGCCGUACUAGGGCUUCCCCAGGAGCAGUGCGAAGCACUGACCAAGAUAAUCAAAACUGAAACUAACGAUUACAUAUCAAUUUUUAAGCUGAAAGCUAGUGAUGAUAGUAGCAGUAAAGAGGAUAUCAGUAGCAGAAUUAGAGAUGCAAUUUCAAAGGCCUUAUCAGAAGAGCAUUAAAAAAAUUUCCGGCGAAACGUAAAAUAUCCUACAGUAGCAAGCGCGAGCCAUAAUGAGUGAAAUCUAGCCAAAUUUUUAGGGAAAACGUAGUGUAGCCUAGCUACAAACCAACUGCACCGCAAAAAAACUCUUUAGAAAGGGAGUCCAGCUCCCGAAAACACGCACAUACAAAUUUUAUGUCAUUGAAAUAUGGUAGCGGAAAUGGUAAAAAAAGAAAUUAUGAAAAAAAACGCUUUAAGAUUUUUUAUCACCGAAUUUUUAGAACUAACAUUAAGAGACUAACUUGCACCUGUUUAGAUGAACUAUUAGACUUAUAUGAUGAGGAUAACGGUAACAUAAAAUAUGACACCAAAAUUCGUAUGCUGCAUGCUAACAUAAUCUAUUAUAUUAGCUUGUAGUGGAAAAGCUCAUCAGUGUAAAUGUUAGAAUCGAAUCAGCCUAUGAACUGAAAUUAUAAAAAAGCGUUAGAAUUGUUUCCAACUGGAAUGCCACUGAGUGCGUAGGAAGGAAGGAAGGAAAAAAUCAACAGAGAGAAAACUUGUUACAAAUUUAUUUUACAUAUUUAUAAGGACACAACAACAAACAAACUAACAAAAAAAACUCUUAUUAUGAAUGAUUUAUUUUCGACAAAUAUAUAUUGUAUAAUUCAGAUGACGAGAUUGGGAGAUCUACACCGGUGAAUAGUGAAGCACCAAGAAGCCACCUAGCUAGUGUGAAAAAUAGAACGAAAAGCUGAAAGCAACG